AUGGCGAUUCGAGCAGUCCCAGACUCUAAAUCUCCUGCGACUGGUCGGACUCUGGUUGUAUGCCUUGAUGGAACUGGCGAUAAAUUUGACAGCGAUAAUAGCAACGUCGUCAACUUUGUGGCUUGCCUGAAGAAAGACGAUCCAACUCAAGUCACAUACUACCAAUCUGGUAUUGGCACUUAUAAUGGCCGUGGAGGGUUAAGCAAAGGAUUUUCAGCCGCCGUUGACAUGGCGAUUGGCAGUGGCCUCGGAAUUCACAUCAAAGAUGCCUACCAAUUCAUCAUGCAGAACUACAUUGAAGGAGACAGAAUAUGUCUUCUGGGAUUCUCUCGUGGUGCAUACACCGUUCGCUGUCUUGCAGGCAUGCUUCACAAAGUUGGGCUCUUGCCUGCUUACAACACAGCACAAGUCAAUUUCGCCUAUCAAUUUUACAAGAACGACACUUCAGAAGGGUGGGAAAUGAGCGAGCAGUUCAAGAGAACAUUUUGUCAGGACGUUACUGUUUACUUUGUUGGAAUUUGGGAUUGCGUGGCCAGUGUCGGAUUCAUUCCUCGUCAACUACCCUUCAGCAAGUCCCCUACCAACGCAGUCAGCUAUUUUCGCCACGCCAUGGCCCUUGACGAACGCCGAGCGAAAUUCAAAGUCUGCCACUGGCAAAAAAGCAACGAAGUUCCUCUCGAAACCCUCUAUCCCGCCAAGACUGACGCGGGACUUCUCCUCAACCCGACAACAGCUGCCUCUGAGCUCACAAGCAAAAUAAUACAACAUAAAGACCUUGAGCAAUCAAAACACGAAUCGGAGUUCGAUAAAUCGGACCCCCAUUCCUCGAAUGUGAAGACAGAUGUUCGAGAGGUCUGGUUUGCUGGCUGUCAUGCAGACGUAGGCGGCGGUGCUGUGAAGAAUUGGGAGAGGCAUAUGCUAUCGCGGAUCCCGCUGCGUUGGAUGCUGAGGCAGUGCUUUGAGUGCAAGACCGGAAUAAUAUUUUCCACGGCGGCAUUAGCAGAAGUGGGCCUGGAUGUGCGAACCUUAUGGCCGGUGUAUCAAAAGCCAGAAAAGCCAAUCGUUGGCCCAAGCCCGCGCACGAUGGAACAUUACGAGGCGGGCGGCCUCCCCCCACUGCGUCGCCGAUCUACAGCGCUUGGUAUUGAUCCAGAUAUGAAAGAUCCCCUUAUCGGCGACAAAAAGUUAUCUCCCGAGGCACUAAAUCUUGAUCUACUGCCUGAGCAAGCGGAAGACCAUUUUGAUGCAAUGUGUCAUAUCAACGACAUGCUCGUCAUCAAGCGCCCAUGGUGGAUCCUCGAGGUCUGGCCUGUGUCGUUCCAGAUACUGAAGAAAGAUAGCAAGGGAAGAGAGAGAUGGGAAAAAUUUGUAGGGAUGAAUCUAGGGAGGUGGAGAGCGAUCAAAGAUCCGGAGCCGAAGAUGCAUUGGACUGUUGAGAGGAGAAUAGCGGAGAAGGGGUAUAAAAUUAGGAACUCGACGGGUGGAGAGGCGGUUUGGAAGGUGGAAGCUUAG